AUGCCGAAUUUUAAUUUAAAUGAUAAUGACCUUACCACUAAUGACAUUGCUACCAUUAGUAGCAAUUUGUCUAAUUUGUCAGAUCUUACUUCUGAUACAACACCUUUAAAGAUUACAGAGCUAAAAGAGGAGGACGAAGGCAACGAAGGAUUUAUGAUAGAAUUGGAAUUAAACAAAGGCAGCAAUAUGAGAUGUUAUACUUAUGGUGAAGAAGUGCCUGCUCUUCCUAGUAAUUUAGUUGUCACUAAUGAAAAUACAAGUCAAGGCAAUAAAAACAAAGGUUUAUCAAGUGAUGAGGCAUUAGAUAAACUUAUUAAAGUAGCUAAUGAAAUAUUGGAAGAACAUCAAAGUCAUGUACCAAAAAAAAUGUGUGAGGACAUUAAAGAAUUCAUUUCUAGGGUUGAUGUAAUUCUUUCGAUUGUUUCAUCUUUGUUGAUGUUUACCUUUUAUAUUUACGGGAUAGUUGUUAGCGAUCCUUAUCAAUUCCGUUUAACCUCACUUCUAAUCGAAGCAAUUUUAAUCUUAUUGAUGAUAUUAUUUAAUGGGUAUUUGUACACUAAAGAAAAAAAUUUAGGUACUAUUGAAAUUUAUGAGCAUGCAAAAAUCAUUAUUGAACAAUUGAAAAAUAGUGGGAUGAAUACCAUUCAGGGUGACGUUAUCGAAAUGAUGUAUGGUGAUAUUGCCCCUUGUAGAAUAAAAUUAAUUUCUCAAGAACAUAUUAACAUUGAUCUUGAUGACCAUCUUGAUAAUAAUGAACAAGCUCCUUCAUCGUCAACAUCAGCUACUAUGCCAAAAAGAACUAAUAUCCUUGAAGCCAGACAAGCAUUUAAACCAUCAUUUUUUGGUGAUAUACCUUCACAAAUUGUGUGGGAACAACAUUUAAAAAAUAAAGGAAUGUACCAAUUUACACUGUUGGAAACUCCUUGGGCAAAUUGUUUAAGCGCUGCUCUACAACAAAAACGUCCAUCUCCUGUCAUCCUUAAGCAAGCAGAAGUUCUUAACAAUGUUAUGCACAAAAUACUUUUCAUCAUAGUAGCAAUCGCCCUUGCAAUAAAUUUUCUCAGAUACAUCAUCAUAGAUGUUGGUCAAUAUCGUUUGUUUGAUCAAGCAUUUGAAAUUUUGAUAGUGUUACAACUUUAUGCUAUUUUGCCAAUGUUGCCAUUAUCAUUUCUUACCUUAUGGAUAAUAGUAAGAAGUUUGGCAAAUGCCACUAUUUUAGUAUUCAAGUUUUGCUAUUUGUUGUCAAAAUGGGAUGGCACAUCGCUUACUCGUUCAACAAAUUUGUUUGAGUCAUUGGGUAGUACAACUGUAAUUUGUUCGAUUGAUCGCGAGGGAACUAUAUCUCACCCUUUCACAUCUGUGGAUCAGUUGUUGUUUCCUGAUGAAAAUGGUGAUAUUACAGUUUUGGAUGUUGCUGAAGAUCCAAGUGCUCCUUUUGGUGUAAAAUUUGAAGAUCAAGACUGGCAACAACAUCUAUCGCGGCUUAAACCAUUAGGACUUAAUCUAUUACUUAAUACAAAUUGUGGUGUGUUAAAAGGCCGUGAACUAACAGAACAGCAUCGAAAAUACUCCAGUUUAUACCUUAAUGCUAAAACUAAGCCUUCAAGACAAACUUGUAUGUGUAGAUUAGGAAAAGAAAUAGGGUUUACUGUGGAUGCAUUGCAAGUAUUUUCAAAAAGAAAAGAAAUUUUUACAUGUGCACCAUGUCAUCCAUCAUUAAAAGAACGCGUUAGAAAUGAUAGAUGGGAAGUUCCUAGUAUGAUAUCUUCUAUAUAUGAAGAAACUGAUGCAGGGAGCUAUCAGUUGUUGUCGGAUGGAAAUUUAGAAAUAAUUCUCGAUAAUUGUUCAGAUUAUUGGGAUGGACAAGGUCUACGAGCAAUGAAUCAAGGGAUUUUAAACAAAAUUUAUGAUUGUUACGAAAAUGCAAUUGUAAAUGAUAUGCAAAUAGUAGCAUAUGCAUAUCGUCCAAUUAGUGUCGAGAACAAUAAUCGAAUUCCAUUUUUGUCUAAAGCACCGACUGAUUCACAUUAUUUUGUUUUACCAAAUGUACCAGAUGAACAAGAGAUAAUAUCUUCAUUAGAGGUACAGGAAUUGUUAUCGGAAGAUCCUGAUUUGUCAAGGUCACAAUUGAUUAGAUUGCAUCGUUUAAAAACUGGACAAUUGGAUGCAAAUCUUCAUGACUUCUCAUUUGAGGAUAAUGUUUCAAGAGAAGAUGAAGAAAAAUUUUAUCAGGACGUUAUCCAAGGCCAGAUAUUUCUUUCUAUGGCUACUGUUUUUCAUCAACCAAAAUUAGAUGUUUGUAAUUUUAUUGAGGAUUUGAAAUUGGCUGGUAUACGUUUUGUUUUAUUUUCACAAACUGCAGAAAGAGAGAGCAAAGCAUAUGCUGAAAGAUUGGGUCUUGAAACAGAUUGGAAUAGUUGUAUAUUAUUGUCAUCUUCUGGUGACGAAAAUUCAUCUGGUGAUGGUUAUUUGGAACCACAUGAUAUAAAAGCACGGCUACCACGUGGCAUUGAGAAUAUUAAAGAUCAUUUAAAAGACGUUGAUGAUAUUCCAUUACAUGUUUCUUUAUUUGCCGAAUGUACGCCAGAAGCAAAUCUUGAAAUGAUAAAGAUUUUUCAAGGGUAUGGUGAGGUAGUUUGUUGUAUUGGUAGCGCACUAAACUCUUUUAAUACACACGCAUUUGCUGCAGCAGAUGUAAGUGUUGCAAUGGAACCGACACAUACCAAAGCACAAACUAAAAAUGGACUUUGUCAUUAUGGGAUUAAAGGACAAUCGCCUAUGGCAUUAGGAGCAUCAUUUACAACUUUGCCAUGUGGACUAUUUAUGCAUUACGAUACUAGUCUUUAUGCUUUAACAGAUUUGAUUCGUGAAGCAAGAAGAUUAAUUAAUGGCUUAAGAUUGGGAGUUGCAUUUAUGAUUGGAUCAUUAUUAUCAAUUUCUUUACUUUUGCUAUUAUCUUAUUGUUUUUUUUUGCCUCCAGUAUUUACUGGAUAUCAAAUAUUAUGGAUUAUGUGGGCAAUAAUACCAACAUUGACAUUUUCAUUUUUGUUUAAUCCACACGAAUCUGAUACAAUGACUACAAUGACUGUCAAGAAUAAUGAACAUUUAAAAGAUUUACCAAGAUUUUUGGUUUAUUUCUUUUUAAGAUUUUCAUUGCCUGUAUUAUUUUGUCUAGGAGCAUUUAUAAUAUGUUUGUAUUAUUUUGAUGAAAGAUCAGACGUGUCUUUAAUAUUUGGAUCUUAUGGAAAUCAAGGAUGGUUGAGAUGGAGUAAUAAAGAACAAUGGCAUGUAUUUCCUGUACGUUUGUACACAGAACAAAAUCAUUGA